AUAGUUCCCGCCGGAAGGACGCCUCGGCGUCUCUGCGGCAAGAGCGGUUGCUAUGACGCCCGGGCGUGGGUAAGCACCUGCCGCUGGCCGCUGAGCAGCUGUGGAGCCCAGUGAGCCGGGACCCUCGCGGCACUCUACGAAAGUGUCCUGCCUGGUUCCUGAGAUUCCCGCGGUUCUGCCUUAGCCCCGAGGAGGAAGGCGCCUUCUCUGCGUUCUUUUUCUGCAUUCCAGGUCUUUCCCGCUUCUCUCGCUAGUGUGACCCGAAACAGGAGAAGAGCCUCUCCUGGCUCUGCCUUUAUAGUGGCGGGCCGGAGUGAUUCUGCUUGAAGAAGGGACCCAGCCGCCACAGGCCUUUAGAAUUAGGCCGUCUGCCCUUUUUAGAGAGGGCUUGGAACCCGUCGGUUAAGUGGGCGCCCCUUUUCUCACCGCCCCGGCGAAGACUCAGCCCUGCACAGACCACGGCGCCUGGUGGGCCUGGCCCGUGCCGAGUCCUCCGAGCUACGGCUUCCCCUGGUCGUAGGCUUGUGAACAAAGAACUGCCGUUUUCCGCUUAUUCGCCCUAUGUUCAUCAUGCAGAACCUUAAAUGCCGAUGAAGCUCUGGAGAGGCCUUUUGUAUCUUCAGCAUCGGACGUCAUCAAAUAGAGCUGGAGCUUAGCAAAGAUGGAUUAUUAUUUAACCCUAACAACCCCAUGAGAACAGUGAAGACAGGCUGAGCACUGCUACCAGAAAUUUAGAAGAACUUACAGCGAAGCACAUGGAAGAAAUGAAAGAAGUGGAAAAGUAUGCAAACCAUGUCCAUAACUUAACAGAGGAAAGAGAAGCAUCUUCUCACAGAUGUGAAGAGGAAAACAAAGAGCUUAGAAAUGUGGUUAAAGAGCUCCAACCGAGACAGGAAGUGCGAAUAAAAGAGAUUGAAGAAAUGUUGUAUAAAGAGGGCUUAUCUGAAAUAGCUCUGAGCAGCCCCAGUGAACAGAUUAUAUACUUAUUGGUAGAAAGAAGUACACUCUUGAGGAAACUGGAAACUGGGGACCCCAAACCAGAGUCACAAAGAUGUAUGACCAGUAACCUACAGAAAGGACUUGCCCAGGAGAAAUUUGAGCAAAUUCACCAGCCUCUGCAAAGAGAACAUGAGAAAUAUCAGGUACCUGUGCGGCAGCCUGGAAAAUCUCUGAGUGAGUCCCGUAAUGAAGACCUGGAAAAAGAUAAAACGUCACAAUACUGCCUGGAGAGAAAUGGAGACGAAGCAGCAGAGAAGUUAGGGAUGGCCCAGAAAGAGAUCCAAAGGCUCACUGAUGAGCUACAGGAGAAGAAGAAAGAACAGGGGAAAUUAGAUUCUGCACUUCAGAAGGCUCAGCUAGAAAUUGAGAAACUGAAAGAAAAUUUGACAAAGCUGAAAGAAAAAGAUUCAGUUGACCUACAAAAAGCAAGGGAACAUAAUGAGAGACUGGACAAGGAAAUUCUGGCUUUAAGAAAUCGGGUUCGAUCACUUGACUCAGAAAAAAAAGUGCUUGGAGAAGUGGUUGAAAGACUUAAAGGAGAGAUUCGUGAAUCUCAAGAGAAUAAGCAACUUGGAAACCACUCCCCUGGGAAAAGUGUGGGUGCUGAACAGAGAGAACAGUGUCCAUCAUCUGGAGAGAAGAUGAAAUACCAGCAGCAAGAUGGUGUAGACCAGCUUCGUCAGAAUUUGCACCGGCUCCAGAUUCUGUGUAACUCGGCUGAAAAUGAGCUCCGGUAUGAGCGAGGAAAGAACUUGGACUUGAAACAGCAUAAUAGCUUACUUCAGGAAGAAAGCCUUAAGAUCAAAAUUGAACUAAAGCAGGCCCAGCAGAAGUUAUUAGACAGCACAAAGAUGUGCUCUUCACUCACAGCAGAAUGGAAUCACAGUCAGCAGAAAAUCAGGGAACUGGAGCUGGAGGGACUUACACAGGCUCAGAGCAUCAAAUCCCAGAACAACCUGCAGGAAAAGCUGGCUCAGGAGAAAUCAAAAGUUGCUGACGCGGAGGCAAAGAUCCUGGAUCUGCAGCAGAAAUUAGAACAUGCUCAAAAAGUCUGUCUCUCCGACGCUUGUAGUUUGGGGAUGAAGCAACUAGAGCAAAGAAUAAAAGCAGCAUUGGAAAAUGAAGCUAAAACAAAGCAGCAAUAUCAGGAAGAACAGCACAAGAGGAAACUCCUGGGUCAGAAUUUAAAAGAGCUACAAAAGCAAGUGAGAAUCUUACAAGAUAAAGGGAAUCAACUGGAAAUAACCAAUUCUCAGCAGCAAUCCAGAAUUCAGCAACAGGAGGCCCAACUCAAACAACUGGAAGAGGAAAAAAGAAAAUCGGAAGAGCAUCUCAGAAGCAACCGAGAAUUAUCAGAAAAGAUAUCUGGGCUGCAGCAGGAGAAAAAAGCGCUCUGUGAAGAAUAUGGGCAGUUUCUGAAGCAGCUUGAUGUCCAUGUGAGAACCUAUAAUGAGAAACAUCACCAUCACAAAGCCAAGCUUCGCAGAGUCAAGGACUGUUUAAGUCACAAAAUAGAACUACGAGAUAAGAGAAUUGAACAACUGGAAAAUGAAAUCAGAGGUCUGCAGCAGCAAAUGGAAAAGAACACAAUUUCUGACAUCCCUGAAUUUGAAUUGUUGAAUAAAAUCUUGCCCUUACAAGACUCCAGUUUUUCAGGAACAGGUUUGGUAGAGUCGGGCAGAAGUCUUCAAGAGAUUACAAAAACAUACAUCAGAAGCAGCAACGAUAAAUCCCAAUUUCCAGAGUCUCUUUCGUGUUCACGGAAUUCUGAAGCUGGAUACAUGAACUUGGCUUUUAUGAAAGAGACACAGCACAUCCAAGAACAAGACCCAAAAUCAGAGCCAUAAAAUCACUGGUGGCCAAAACUAGACUGAUAAAGCUGCUAACUUAAAGCAUGAGGGUGGAACAUGACACGUAUAAGAGUUACCAAGGAUCCCCACUGGACAUCAACGAACAGUCCUCGUCCUCAGAAUUGCUGAUAAAUUUAUUAAACUAGUUGUAAAAAUG